AUGGGGCUGCUUUCUUCCGCCUUCAUAAGCGGCUGGCAGCCCCUCGCCGUUUUUUGGCGGCCGUCCGUGCUGCAAGUCAUUUCUUCUGACUGCGCCGCGCACGUUGCAUGCAGACGCGUCUUGUCCACAAACACGACACAAUCGGCAUCGCAACAGUCGUUGUUGUUGUUGUUGGGUAGCUUGCCGUUACUCGAGAGGCGGGGUUGCCCUCGCGAAGGUGUCAGCCCCGUGAACAGCCAUUCGAAGGCGGUCGCGAAGUUUGGGGAGCGGGAUGCCGAGGUCGGACGCCAUCAUGAUCUGCAUCCGGAAGGUCCGCAGUAG